CUCUCCUUUCUCUCCUUAUCUGUCCAAGGCCACAACCCCACCUCCAAAUAAGGAGCACUCCCCCACUCUCCUCCCAUUUGUGCUCCACCCAUAUCUGCUCUGGUCUCAACUGAAGAAAAAGUGAAACAGAUCUUCGUCUUCAUCUGUCACGAACAUGGGGACAGCAGAUGCCAUCAUGAAGCCUGACAAUGAUAAGCCAAAGUGCCAGUAUCCACGGCGAAGAGGUUUCUUUGACAACAUCAAGGUCUUCGUCUUCUUCCACAGUCUCCUCCAGCUCUCUCAGCUCUUAGUUUCUGGCUACAUGAAGAGCUCCAUCUCCACCAUUGAGAGGCGAUAUGGUUUCUCCAGCAGGAAGUCAGGUAUCCUCGCUGCUUUUAAUGAGGUUGGGAACACCGUCCUCAUAGUUUUUGUCAGUUUUCUCGGGAGGCGUGUCCAUCGUCCUCGCUUUAUCGGAGGCGGGGCUAUCCUGGCCAGUCUGUCGUCGCUCCUGAUGGGGCUGCCACACUUCCUGAGCGAACCGUACCAAUACACACAGACUCGCAUAACCUCCAGUCAAAACAUCUCAGGACUCUGUGAAUCAACGUCUCAUCUGUCCACCAACCAAAGCUGCCACCAGCCAGAGAGCUCCGCCCAACAGUUUGUGUACCCGCUGCUGCUGAUUGGCCAGUUGCUCCUAGGCAUAGCCUCGGUUCCCAUCCAGCCAUUUGGGAUUUCGUACAUUGACGACCACGCCAGUCGCAAGAAUGCGCCGUUGUAUCUUGGCUUGGUGUUGGCGGUGACCUCCUUAGGCCCGGCCAUCGGCUUCAUCAUCGCCUCCCUCACACUUAAACUCUUUGUGGAUAUUGAUAAGAAUUUAACAGAGCCACUUGAACUGAACCAGAAGGAUCCCCGCUGGGUCGGGGCCUGGUGGCUGGGAUUCCUCCUGGCGUCCGGACUCCUCUUGCUUGCUGCGAUACCCUACAUCUUCUUUCCCCGACACAUGAGCCCUGAGGAAGAGUCCAGUCAGCAGCAGACGGCGGAAGCACAGGCGCCGCAGGAACUGGUACUGAAAGACUUCCUUAAAAGUUUCCCGCGGACAGCUCUGCGGACUCUUCGCAGCCCCAUUUACCUCCUGGUGGUUCUGGCCCAGAUUCACCUGGCAGCACUGGUCUCGGGCAUUUCCACCUUCAUGGCCAAGUACCUGGAGCGUCAGUUUAGUCAGAGCCCCUCCUUUUCCAACUUGAUGAUGGGGGGCAUCUGCAUCCCUCUCUCUGUGCUCGGGACAGUUGUUGGUGGUCUCUUAAUGUGGAGAUGGACAUUGACCAUCAGAGGUGCCGGAAGACUCUGCGCUGUUGCCAUCCUCAUAGGAACCUUUACUGCCUUUCCACUGUUGCUUCUUGGCUGCCCAACCCAGCGCAUCGGUGGGGUGUUUCCCAGUGAAGCCCCAUUGAUGUGCAGCAGUGGGUGUCAGUGUCCUGAAGAAUCCUACUAUCCCGUGUGUGGGUCUGACAGCGUGGAGUACCAGUCGCCUUGCCAUGCGGGUUGCACCACCAUGAAAACUCUCCAGGACAACAAAGUUAACUUCACAGGCUGCAGCUGCAUCAACGCAUCAGGCUCUGCCACUUCAGGUUCUUGCGGUAGCAGUUGCUCUCACCUUCUCCUCCCCUUCAUGACCCUGUUGGCCCUCACUUCCUUCAUUGCCUCCUUCUCACAGACUCCCUCCUGCAUGAUGGUGUUGAGGUCAGUGGCCCCUGAGGAUAAAUCCUUUGCAGUGGGAGUUCAGUACAUGCUGUUUCGGGUCUUAGCAUUCCUGCCAGGCCCAGUUUUGUAUGGCGCUGUCAUCGAUUCCGCCUGCAUCCUGUGGGGCCGGAAGUGUGGGAGGACAACAUCUUGCCUCUACUAUGAUCUGGAUCUCUUCAGAAUGAGGUUUCUGGGGCUCCUGUCGCUCUUUGUGUGCGGCGCUUUAGCUUGCUUCUGUCUGUCAUUGUUGGUUCUGCGCUGCAAGCCGGAGCUCCAGAAAGCACAGAAUGAACUCAAAAGCAUCCCUGACCAGGAGCGAGACCUGGACAAGAGCAACGCCAUCUCUCUUUUAAAACGAAACCAGGAUGCUGGGACCUGAAUCUGGCCCGAAUUGACGGUGGGAUUUUUAUGUCUAUGCAUUCAAUAAUCAUAAUCUGUGAAACUUUUCUUUUAGUCUCACUCUUAGAGACUGAUUCCGUCCAAUGAACAAAAUGCAAUGUACAUCUAUAAUUUUUUUAAUACC